UGUUUUGUGCUCUAAUGGUGUGCGUGCUCACAAGCGUGCUGGCAGAUGUAAGAAACUGCAGCCAUCGUCCAAACGUACGAAUACGGGAGGCCUUUGGAAACAACUGGUGGCUGUACGUGUCGGCGAUGUUCAUGGAGUCAUCGACGCGCACACCCCGCAGCACAGCAGGACGCUUUGUUCUGGCCGUGUGGUGGUUGACAAUACUCGUGCUGAUGAACGCCUUCACGGGACACAUGAAGGCCACCCUGAUGCUGUUCCCGGAACCAGAGCGUAUUGACACCUUCAUGGAUCUGUCUCGUCGAAAAGACGUAACGCCCUUUCUCUGGAGAGGCGGUGCCUAUGAACAAGUCCUGAAGGUAUGA